AUGGCAGCACCAGCAAGUGCAUCCAAUGGGGUGUUUGUGGUUGUUCCUCCAAACAAUACUGGCAUCGUUCAGCCCCAGGGGACCCCUGGCACUGUGCUCCAGCCUCCCAGCAUCUUGCAAUAUGGGGAUCAGCAGGUUGGAUCCAUGAAUCCUACAAAUCGACCUCAACCUGUCUUGAAGCAGGAGAACCCAGGGAAGGCAGAGAGAUUCCUGAAAGCGGAGAUCAAGACGCUGGCAGUCAUCCAGAUCCUGAUUGGGGUGAUUCACAUUGGUUUUGGAGGUGUCCUUGCAGUUUUUAUUCACAGCAAUCCAUUCAGCCCCUCUCCUGCUGUUUUAUCAGGGUACCCAUUCUGGGGAGGAAUCACAUUCAUCGUUUCUGGAUCCCUUUCAAUCGAAGCUGAGAAGAAUCGCAACCUCCAGCUGGUGAACAGCAGCCUGGGAAUGAACAUUGUCAGUUCCAUCUUCUCAUUGAUUGGGAUCAUUCUUUUCUUAGUAGAGCUGAGUUCUAGUUUAUUCGCCACCAAUCCUGUACAAAAGGCCGCCUGGACGGGUAUAGCAAUUAUGCUGUUCCUUUUUGCUGCAACGGAGUUCUCCAUCGCAGUCUCAGUCUCACAUGUCGGAUGUCAGGCAACCUGCUGUGGACUGCAAAAUGCUUCUGUGUUUUUUGUGCCAUAUCAUGUCAACACAGAUGUUGGAGCUCCAUCUGCAGCAGCAUCCUCAACUCAAGUUUAUAUCAAUGCAGCUGCCAAUCCCUGAGCUGAGACUGAGUUGGGGGAGCUAAAUUAACUUCUUAUUGCACCUGCACCAGCAGCAGAUGCUCUAAGGAGUAAAUCCCUGCCCUGCAUGAUCCACUUUUAUUCCAUUUCAUGAAUGCACUUCCAGCACCCAGGGCUUCACUGAUUACCAAGGGACUAUAUUCUUCUCUUUCUUUAUCAUUUACUGAUUCUACACU